AUGUAUGUUGAUGACAUACCAAAUGAAUUGCUGUGCUUAGAAAAGCUUGAGCAGAUUCUUCUAGCACAAAGAAUAGUUUUUGAAAAAAUUAUUGUGAUGCCAAAAGGACAGCAGAAAAAAGUAAAAGGAGCAAUAUGUAAUGUGCCUGUUGAAUGUGACCAGUCCUGCAGUACGCCCUCAGUUGUUUUGAAUGCCUUAAACUGGCUUAAGGUCAACAACCCAUUGUAUCAUAACAUAACAAUUGAUAUUAGCAGUCUUGGAGAUAAUGUGACAAGUCUUCAGCAGCAACAAUGCCAUGAUGAUCUUACAACAAACAAAAAUAAUCUGUCAGAUAACAGGCAACAUCAUGUCUCAGAUCCAAAUGAUCAUGAUGAUGUUGAAGAACAGGAUGACCCAUUAAAUGAGUAUCGCCAAGCACCUAAUGAGACCUGUUUACAAUCUGUAUUACCAGAUUACCCAAUUGCAAUAACACAAAACAGUAAAAAUUGCUCAUUAGGCAAUGAAGUGUAUAACAUUGCACCUGGUGAAAACAAACACCCUGUUUCAUUAAUGAUGGAUAAAAAUUGUGAAGAGCUUGCAUUUCCUGUACUGUUUCCAAAAGGUAGAUUUGGCUUCACACAUGAACGGACAAUUAAAUUGUCACCAGUAAAAUACUUCAAUGCUAGACUUUUACAUUAUAGUGGAAGGUUUGCAACCAACCCGGAAUACCUUUUCUUUGCCCAGUUUAUAACAGAACAAAAGAAAGUAUCUGACAGUAUUAACAUAGCCAUGAAAAAAAUACAAGGACAACCUGUCACUGCAUCUGAAAUAAAAUCAAAUGUAAAUAAAUUAAAAGGGCUGAUUUGUCAAGACCAAGCAUAUUUAUUUUUAAGACAGAUUCCAGGUACACCACCAUAUUGGCAAAAAUUUAUGUAUGAAGUAGUAGCAAUGGUGAAACAAUUAGGCAUCCCAACAUGGUUUAUGACAUUGUCAUGUGCUGAUCUUAGAUGGACAGAAUUAUUUCAAAUUAUUGCUAAAACACAAGGUAAUGACAUCACAGAUGAGGAAAUUCAGGCUUUAUCUUACAACGAUAGAUGUUCAAUGUUGAAUCUUAAUCCUGUUGUUGUUGCAAAACACUUCCAACAUAGAGUUGAAACUUUCUUCACUGAAGUUUUACUUCGUGCAAAUAACCCAAUUGGCAAAAUAAUGUACUAUGCACUUCGUAUUGAGUUCCAAAUGAGAGGAUCACCUCAUUUACAUGCUUUAAUCUGGACCUCUGAUUGCCCUAAGUUAACCUCUGAUAGCAAGGAGGCUUAUAUACAAUUCAUUGAUAAUCAUGUACAUGCCAACCUUCCAGAUAAAAACAUAGAACCAGAGUUACAUGAGUUAGUCAAAACAUAUCAAAAACACAAUCACUCCAAAACUUGCAGAAAAUACAAAAAUGUUAGUUGCAGAUUUAAUUUUGGGCAAUUCUUCACAAACAGAACAAUUGUAGCAGAACCUCUGAGUGAUGAAUUAGAUGAACAAGCGAAAACUAACCUGCUUGAAAGACGAAUGCAAAUCUUAAGUCCAGUCAAACAAAAAAUUGAUGAAGUUCUUAACCCAUCCAAAACAACUUAUGAUGCCUCAUUAAGUGACUCAGAUAUUUUAAAGUCUUUGGAUAUCACUGAAGAGCAAUAUUACUGGGCAUUAUCUAUUUCCCCUGAUUCAGACUUUGAGCUACAUCUUAAAAGACCUGUAGAUAGCUGUUUUAUUAAUAAUUAUUUUGUUGCUGGUAUGAAGGGCUUUGCAGCAAAUGUUGACUUGCAACCUGUAUUCAAUCAUUAUAAAUGUAUAACAUAUGUAUGCUCGUACUUUACUAAAGAUGAGACUGAAUGUUCACAAGCUAUUAUGAAUGCAGCAAAAGAGGCAAAAGCUGCCAAUAUGAGCAUUAGAGAAGGCUUGAAAAAAGUUGGUGCUGCCUUUCUAUCCACCAGAGAAGUGAGCUCACAAGAAUGUGUUUACCGAGCAAUGCCUGAACUUUGGUUGAGGAAAAUAUUUCCAAGAACAGUAUUUGUCAACACAAAUCUCCCAGAACAGAGGGUCCGGAUGACUAAAACUCAGGAAGAACUUGAUGAUCUAGAUGAUGAUAGUACAGAUAUAUUUAAAUCAAAUAUUGUUGAACGUUAUGUCAUUAGACCAACAUCUAUAGCUCUAGUUGAUAGCAUGUGCCUUGCAGAAUUUGCAGCAUACUAUUACAAAGAUUAUAAACUAGACUGUGAAACACAAGAUGGCCAGCCAGAUAUCUUAACAGAUGACAUAAUUGAAAACCAAAGUACAAUCACCAAUAGAGUACAAGCUCUACCAAAAACAAUCAAAUUGCUUAACAAAAAUGAAUCAAUAUUUGAACCUGAUGCAGAUGCCAUUAGCGAAGCAUUUGACAUACUUAAAGCUAACCAAGGCAACCUUGGUCAAUCAUUUGAUGCACUUAAUGAUCAGGAAAAUGCAGAUGUACAAGAUGAGAUGCCAGAUGAUGUAAACCAAGAUGAAUUGUUCAAUGAACAGUUACCAUCACAUCUUGAUCCAGCACAAUGUAAUAAUGAAUCCACACCUGGAGCUAUUGCAACUUAUCACCAACCAACAGAAAUCUCUGAUGAUCUAUUACGUCAAAAUAUCAGAUCACUAAACAAACAACAACGUCUUGCAUAUGAUACAUUCCUCACAUGGUGUCGCAAUAAAAUGAAGAACUUGAACAGUCUAAAACCAGUUGACAUAGAUCCAAUCUAUCUGUUCUUGACUGGAGGUGGUGGUGCCGGAAAAAGUCAUGUCAUUAAAACAAUAUACCAUACAGCAGUUAAGACGUUUAGACACCCUCCUGUUAACCCUGAGUUACCAACUGUAUUGCUAAUGGCACCCACAGGUGUAGCUGCAAUAAAUAUUGAUGGAACAACAAUUAAUACUGGUCUUGCUAUUCCUAAAGAAGCUGGUGAUAUUGUACCACCAUUGUCUGACCAAAGAAAGACCCAAUUAAGAUUAACAUUGUCAGAGUUAAAGCUUAUUGUUGUUGAUGAAAUUUCUAUGGUAGGAAACACAACUUUGCUUAAUAUUCAUCAGAGAUUAAAAGAUAUAUUUGGUACACCAAGUUCUCUGUUAUUUGCAGGAAUCUCUAUCAUAGUCGUAGGUGAUCUUUGUCAACUACCACCAAUACGUAAGAAGUUUGUUUUUGAUACUUACAGAAAUAAUAUUUAUAAUUUAUGCCAUCCAUGGAGAGUAUUCCAAAUGAUAGAACUCGUAGAAAUCAUGAGACAAAGAAAUGAUAAAGCAUUUAUUGAACUUCUUAACAGAAUAAGAACUGCUAACCAGACAGAAGAUGAUAUAAAGGUAAUCCAAUCAAGAUCAGUAUCCCCAGAUGACCCUAAUUACCCAUCACAUGCACUCCAUAUUUGGGCAGAGAACUCACCAGUUAACAAACACAAUAAUGAGAAAUUAGAACAACUUGCUGGACCAUUGUUUGUUCUAAAAGCUAAAGAUCAAUUCCCACCAAAUGUGAGAAACAAGAUAUUGAUAAAGUUCUUGCAAGGAAACGUUCUGAAACAGGUGGACUUGAUUUAG